CAAAACAAUAUCCUUCAAAUUGACAAGCAAAUCAAUCAAAACUUAUUUUGUGUUUGAAGCAUAUCACAAACCCGUAAGCAGAGAAAUGGCAGAAACAAAGUUGAACGGCUUCAAAGACCAAAAAUGGUCACUUCAUGGUAUGACAGCUCUAGUUACAGGAGGCACCCGAGGCAUAGGAUACGCUAUAGCUGAAGAACUAGCAGAAUUUGGAGCAUCUGUGCAUAUAUGUGCUCGUAAUCAGCAAGGUAUUGAGAAAUGCUUAGAAGAAUGGAAAAGAAAAGGAUUUCGUGUAACUGGAUCGCAAUGUGAUAUAAACAAUGCUGGAACAUGCCCACCUAAGAACCUCAUAGAUUAUACUGCAGAAGAUGUGAGCAGAAUAAUGGGAACUAAUUUUGAGUCUAGUUUCCACCUAUGUCAACUAGCACAUCCCCUUCUCAAAGCAUCUGGAUAUGGGAGCAUAGUAUUCAUAUCCUCCAUUGCAAGUCUUAAAGCUUCGCCUUAUAUUUCUGCCUAUGCUUCCUCUAAAGGAGCUAUGAAUCAAUUCACCAAGAACGUAGCAUUGGAAUGGGCAAAGGAUAAUAUUCGUGCAAAUUCUGUCGCACCUGGAUUUGUUGAGACCGAACUUCUGGAUUCUAUAACGGAAUCUAUUGAUGAAGGGAAGAAAAUUGUUGAAGCUAUGAUUUCUCAAACACCGGCUGGUCGCAUUGGAGAACCUAAGGACAUCUCAGCCAUGGUUGCUUUUCUUUGCCUUCCGGUUGCUUCAUACAUCACUGGACAAAUUUUAGCUGUAGAUGGAGGUUACAUAAUUUAAUCUGUUAUUUAAAAUAAAAUAAAUAACUGUCCCAAAGACAAAUCUCCGCAUCAACUUGGUUUGUCAAAACUCCUAAACUAAUCAUUAUUGGUAGUGUUUGAAGUAGAAUAUUUAAAGUGUUAUCUAUUUCAUUAUGAAGUUCAAGUUUAUCAA